AUGUCCGCUGAAUUAAAAAGUCAUAAAUUAGACCGCUCAAUCGGAAGUAAUAAAGCUGGUCAUGAACAUCCAAUUAGUAGGAACUAUGUCAAUAAUGUCCACAAUGCCAAUAAACAUAAACUCUCAGACUACCCUAUGAUGCUGACAAUAACCCAUAUUGGAACUAGUCGUUUAUCAUCAUCAUCAUCGUCAUCAUCAUCAUCAUCAUCAAAUUCUUCUUCUUCCUCUUCAUACUCUAGAGGGUUUAUCUCAGAUAAUCUUUCAGAAUAUAGGUCGAUGGAUCCCAAGAGCCCAAAUAGACCAGUAAGAUAUCGCUCAAUUCAUAGCAAAUAUACAUCAAUAAGAGAAGAUACCCAACAUGAAUUAGUUACCGACAAGGAGGAAAUUCAAAAUAAUAAAGAAGUUAGCAUAAAUAUAUUGUCCAAACCAAAUAAACAUACAUCCAUAGACUAUCACAACCAAGGAGUUGAUACAACUUAUCAAAUAAACUCAGGGCAAAUAAGUAGGCAUAAGCAAAUGUCAAAGUCUUUACCAAAUACACCAAAGCCUCUUCAAUAUCAAAAGAGCUUGAGUUUAUCGCAUUCCCCUAGAAAAUUGUCAUUAAAAUCACCCUCUAGAAAUUUUAGUUUUAAAUCAAAUAGUAAACUUAAUGUUGGCACUAAGCAUGAUCAGGAAAAGAAACGACCGGUUAAAAUGAAAGAGGUUUUUUCAUUGUUUGUUAAUUCAAUCAAGGUGUCCAAUAAUAGCAAUAAUAGUAACGAUCGUAGUGACCAAGAAGUGCCGCCUAAACAUGAUUUGAAAAAAGUAAAAUCAAUUUCAAAACCAUACAACCCGAAACAUGUUCAUCAUGUUGGUUUUGAUCCUGUUACAGGAGAUUAUAUAGGCUUACCAGAGAAAUGGCAAGCUCUUCUUGAGUCAAAUGGUAUUACUAAGAAAGAGCAGGAAAAAGAUAUUAAGACGCUACUUAAUGUUGUCCAAUUUUAUCAAGAUGUUUCAGCUUCAAAAACAACGGAUAAACUGCUUCAAACAUUUCCACUAGAAAAAGGAACCAUCUGUGUGGAUGAUACACAAGUAUCGACACCGUCAAAUAUAACAAGUAGUGCCGAUGAUGAUGCCGCCAAACCUUCCUUUAAUGAGAGUUUGAUGCCUGCAAUCUCAAUUGAAAGUCGGCAUAAAAACGAAGUAAACCAACUAAUUUUGAAGGAAAGCUUUUCUACUGAAGACAAAUUCAUCCCAAGUAGACCAGCCCCAAAGCCACCAGCAUUACAGGAAUUAAAAGCUAUUCCUCCCAAGUCUCCCAACCGUCCGAAGGCCACUCGAGUGAAAAAUAACUCAUCAAAAAUAACGUCAGUUAAUUCUCUUCCUAAUAAUGGCGAACCAACUGUUCAAUUUAGUAAUGAUCAGAAAUCGCAUAAAUCACAACGGGUUGGAACUUCCACAGAUACAUUUAGGUUCGAAAAAUCUCUUAGCGGCAAUAAAAAAACAAUUUCGAUUACAAGUACAAGUACCAGCACAUCCAAACACCCUACAAACUAUAGGGAAUCUUGGGGAAUAAAAGGUCACACAGAUAAAAAAGAAAACUCGAAUGUUAUUAAGAGAGAUGAAGGAAAUAAGAAAGCAGAGAAAGACAAACGAAUGCAAGUUGUGCUAUCGAGAUUAUCUAAAAUUUGUACACCAGGAACACCUGAGGAUAAAUUUGAAACAUACCUAAAAAUUGGUCAAGGUGCUUCGGGUGGUGUAUAUUUAUCUCAUUCCAGAAGCGAUAAGUCCCAGUGUGUAGCUAUCAAACAGAUGAACUUGGAGAAACAACCAAAGAAGGAGCUAAUUGUAAAUGAAAUCAUGGUAAUGAGCUCAAGUAAACAUCAAAAUAUUGUAAACUAUAUUGACUCAUACUUAUCUGGUCUUGAUUUAUGGGUUGUAAUGGAGUACAUGGAAGGUGGCUGUCUUACUGAUGUUGUAACUUAUUGCGUUCUUACGGAAGGUCAGAUAGGUGCUGUGUGUAGAGAAGUAUUACAAGGUUUAGAAUUCCUACAUUCGAAAGGGGUCCUUCAUCGGGACAUAAAGUCAGAUAAUGUCCUACUUUCAAUGAAUGGAGAUAUUAAACUAACUGAUUUUGGAUUUUGCGCUCAAGUCAAUGAUACUGUAAUAAAAAGAACAACCAUGGUGGGCACUCCGUACUGGAUGGCCCCUGAAAUUGUAUCACGUAAGGAGUACGGUCCAAAAGUUGAUAUUUGGUCUUUAGGCAUCAUGAUAAUAGAAAUGAUCGAGGGCGAACCGCCUUAUCUAAAUGAGACUCCGCUGAGGGCAUUGUAUUUAAUUGCGACAAACGGCCGUCCUGAAGUGCAAGAACCUGAUAGAUUGAGCAAAGACUUCAAAGAGUUCAUUGAUAAAUGCCUGGCUGUCACUGUAAGUGAAAGAGCGGAAUCAUCGGAAUUGCUGCAACAUAAAUUCAUAACUGAAGUGGCCGAGAAUACAGAAGGUUUAUCCGCCCUGGUGAAAUUUUCUAGAAUGAAAAAAGCUGCAGAGCAAAAUAGUGAUUCGGAAGGGCGUUCCAGCAGUUCAUCUUCAAAAGCUGUUGCUUCUGUUGAAUCAGGGAUACAAUAG